AUGAGAAUGACUCCCUUCGAAUUGAAGUCCCGAAACCUCUUCAUCUCCUCGUCCGACAACGCCACCAUCGACAUCUACUCCCUAACCACCGCCGACGACGAAAACGCCGCCAUUAGUACCGACACAUCCACCGUCACAUCCGACGACUGGAACCUCGUGGCCUCCGCCGGACCCCUGGCCAGAACCUACGAUUCCCUCAAGGUGUUCGACAAAAUGAUCAAAGGCCGGCCGCUCAGAAACCUCGCCGAGGAUCUCACCCAGUCGCACCUCUUGGUCAACGUCGAAGGCCUCUGCUUCCUCGACGUCACCAGCUACGUCAACCCAAUCCUCGGAUUCCACUACUUCCGCCUCCAGGAUCUGUUCCUCUGGUCCCGCCACGUGGCAGGGGGAAAACUCGACUACGCCGGUCAAAUCGCUGACAAGGACGCCGAGCUGGAAACGUUGACCCGCCACGUGGACGAUGCGGAGGUCCAGCUCGUGGUCACGAGGGGCGAGCUCGACUACUACCGGAAGCACUACUGGGGCGCGGCGCAGCCGUCCCAGCUCGCCGUCGCCGACGUCGGAGCCAUUGAGAGGAGGCGCCGGCCGCUUCCUUCGGCGACGUUUGCCCGGGGUGGGGAUAGCGGGAAGCUGCGGGUUCCGUCGUUGGACGGGAAGGCGGUGGAUGAUUUUGUGGUGAUUGAUGAUGGUGAUGAAGGGUUGGUGGGGCCGGCGCCGGAGUUUAAGGUGGGGUGGGAGGCGGCGAAGGGAGGGAAGUUCGACACGUGCGACUGGUGGUACGUGCGGACGAGCGACCCGGACGGAGGGUCAACGAUGGUGGCGUACUACGACGACGGGUUUUGA